AUGGUCCAGAGCGACCUGUCCAAGUCGCCUCCCACAGCGGCGGCGGUGGUGGCGCAGGAGAUCCAGAUGGACCUGCUGGAGAACGCGGCUCCCGCGGGGGCGCUCGGAGCGGCCGCACAGUCAUAUGGAAAAGGAGCCAGAAGGAAAAACAGAUUUAAAGGAUCCGAUGGGAGCACUUCUUCUGACACUACCUCAAAUAGCUUCGUUCGUCAGGGUUCGGCAGACUCCUACACCAGCCGUCCAUCCGAUUCAGAUGUUUCUUUGGAGGAAGAUCGGGAGGCAGUGCGCAGAGAAGCAGAGCGACAGGCCCAGGCCCAGUUGGAAAAAGCAAAGACAAAGCCCGUUGCAUUUGCAGUUCGGACAAAUGUCAGCUACAGUGCAGCCCACGAAGACGAUGUUCCCGUGCCAGGCAUGGCCAUCUCAUUUGAAGCAAAAGAUUUUCUGCAUGUUAAGGAAAAAUUUAACAAUGACUGGUGGAUAGGGCGAUUGGUUAAAGAAGGCUGUGAAAUCGGAUUCAUUCCAAGCCCAGUCAAGCUAGAAAACAUGAGGCUACAGCAUGAACAGAGAGCCAAGCAAGGGAAAUUCUACUCCAGUAAAUCAGGAGGAAAUUCAUCAUCCAGUUUGGGUGACAUAGUACCUAGUUCCAGAAAAUCGACACCUCCAUCAUCUGCUAUAGACAUAGAUGCUACUGGCUUAGAUGCAGAAGACAAUGAUAUUCCAGCAAACCACCGCUCCCCUAAACCCAGUGCAAACAGUGUAACGUCACCCCACUCCAAAGAGAAAAGAAUGCCCUUCUUUAAGAAGACAGAGCAUACCCCUCCGUAUGAUGUGGUCCCUUCCAUGCGACCUGUGGUCCUGGUGGGCCCCUCUCUGAAGGGAUAUGAGGUCACAGAUAUGAUGCAAAAAGCACUGUUCGAUUUUUUAAAACACAGAUUCGAAGGGCGGAUUUCCAUCACAAGAGUCACCGCCGACAUCUCACUGGCCAAACGCUCUGUCUUAAACAAUCCCAGUAAGCAUGCAAUAAUAGAAAGAUCCAACACGAGGUCAAGCUUAGCGGAAGUUCAGAGUGAAAUCGAAAGGAUUUUCGAACUUGCAAGAACACUGCAACUGGUGGUCCUUGAUGCGGACACUAUCAAUCACCCAGCCCAGCUCAGUAAAACCUCUCUGGCCCCUAUCAUAGUGUAUGUCAAGAUUUCCUCUCCUAAGGUUUUACAGAGGUUAAUAAAGUCUCGAGGGAAAUCUCAAGCGAAGCACCUCAAUGUCCAGAUGGUGGCGGCAGAUAAGCUAGCUCAGUGUCCUCCAGAGCUGUUUGAUGUGAUCCUGGAUGAGAACCAGCUCGAGGAUGCCUGUGAACACCUGGCCGACUACCUGGAGGCCUACUGGAAGGCCACCCACCCUCCCAGCAGCAGUCUCCCCAACCCCCUUCUCAGCCGCACUUUAGCCACCUCCACCCUGCCCGUCAGCCCCACGCUAGCCUCCAACUCACAGAGUUCUCAAGGGGAUCAGAGGAUGGAUCGCGGGGCUCCGGCCCGCUCUGCUUCCCAAGCUGAAGAAGAACCUUGCCCAGAACCGGUCAAGAAAGCCCAGCAUCGUUCCUCCACCCAGCACCACAACCAUCGCAGUGGCACCAGCCGAGGCCUCUCCAGGCAAGAGACCCUGGACUCGGAGACGCAGGAGAGUCGCGACUCCGCCUACGUGGAGCCCAAGGAAGAGUACUCGCACGAACACGCAGACCACUAUGCCCCCCACCGUGACCACAACCACCGAGAGGAGCCCCACGGGGGUGGUGAGCACAGACACAGAGAGACGCGGCACCGCUCCAGGGACCCGGACCGAGAGCAGGACCACGAGUGCCACAGGCAGCGGAGCCGCCACAAAUCCAAGGAUCGCUACUGUGACAAGGAUGGGGAAGGGGCGUCCCGCAGACGGAACGAAGCUGCGGACUGGAACAGGGAUGUUUACAUCCGCCAAUGA